CCAAUGGCGUGGUCGAGCUGCAGCUUGGUUUGUAUUUGGUUGGUGAGUGGAGCAGCGUCUUACCGUGAUGAGAGAUUAGUUUGUGCAAUACCGUCUGUUGCACAAGUCUGGACGAUAUAGAUUUACCUCGACAUAUAUCCCCCUAGCUGUGGCAUGUUUUAAUCGUUCCCUUACAUGCGGUUAGGCCGUCAUCUUGACACACAAAGCAGAAGACCAUGGUGGAGCCAACAACGCACAAGUUUACAUCCCUAGAAGAGGAGCUGGGCUUCUGGAAGGAGCAGGCAGAGGCACAUCAGCAGAGGGCUGAUGAGGCUCAGGAGGAGCUGCAGGAGUUUCAGCAGAUGAGUCGAGACUAUGAAGCAGAACUGGAAGCCGAGCUGAAGCAGUGCGAGGGUCGGAACAAAGAGCUGCUUUUAGACAACAACCGAUUCCGGAUGGAACUGGAAAGCAUAAAGGAGAAAUUUGAGGCGCAGCAUUCUGACGCUUUCAGGCACAUCUCAACCCUGGAGGAAGAUCUGGCACAAACCACAGCAGUGAAAGAUCACCUGCAGAAAUACAUCAGAGAGCUGGAGCAGUCCAAUGAUGACCUGGAGAGGACCAAAAGGGCUACCAUCAUGUCUCUGGAGGACUUUGAGCAGCGGAUGAACCAUGUCAUUGAGAGGAAUGCCUUUCUUGAAAGCGAGUUGGAUGAGAAAGAGAACCUGCUUGAGUCUGUUCAGAGGCUGAAGGAUGAAGCCAGAGACCUCCGCCAGGAGCUGGUUGUACGUCAGAAGGAAAGACGGCCGUCCAGCAGCCUGGGCAAAGACAUCGAUCGAGCAGAUCUGCCAUGCCCCUCAGCUGGUAGCCCAUCCAUCCCCGUCACACCCUCCAAACCUAUCAGCUCAUUUGCCACGCCCCCUGCUUCCAGUAUCCGACGAGGUGAUGGUCUAACGGGGACUCCCCUCACAACGUCUGCAAGAAUAUCUGCACUCAAUAUUGUAGGGGAGCUGCUGAGAAAAGUCGGAAAUCUGGAGUCAAAGUUGGCAUCCUGUCGAGACUUUGUUUACGACACAUCUAUCAGCAGACCAGCACUUCCGGCUGGCCCUGGUAGUCCUUCUUGUUUAGAAAGAGGCCCUGAGGUCCAAGCUAGCAGCAUGAGCCCCCCUCCUCAGUACGAGAGUUUAGUGAAGCGGUUAGAGUUUGGACCAGCUCCUCCAAGAGGCAUCUGCCAGGGUGCCCAGUCUCCGCAGGGAGGAGUCAAGAUCCUCCUAUGAGAGAAAAAAGGUGGCGAACCCACCCCCCUCCUUCAAUGACCAGACACCCCCCCCCCCCCCCCCCCCCCCCCCCCCCCGGUCCCCUCUCCAUCCUCAAUAAACUACAGCAAUGGGACUUUGAACUGAGCAGUCUUCCCUUGUCGCCACGUGCCCCGCUGAACUCUUUUGAACAAGAAAACCACUCUCCUUGCUCCUCGGCCCACAUAAUCAGAGCAUGGACUUCUGCUGCCUCAGGCUAGUAUCACACCAUAUCUAUCAUAAGAAGCAGCACUACAGCUUGUGAAAAAUCAAGGAACAGAGAACUUACUGCUCACAUUAUAUCUUGUGCUGUAGCUUUGACACUGUGGUGAGGAGCAUCUAAAAAAAAAAAAAAAA